CACCCUCUCCACCAGCGAAGCCGGAGACGCGGAGGCUUCCGCAGCUCACAGCGACACCUCCACCCGUGCGUCACGGCAGAGACGCGUCCCUGCCGGACAUGGAGGAACAUUGAUGCGCAUCAGAUGAAAAGGUUUACGCAGAUUCCGCUGAAGGAUGGAAACACCGGCGCCGGGAAGUUCCUUAAUCCGGUUGUGAGCGCUUUCAGGGAGUGAAACUCACGUCUGCAGGUGUCUGCAGAUGAGGCCAGCUGUUCUCCAUAGUCCAUCAUCGACAUAAGCUACGCUUCCUCAACACUGGGAUGCUCUGCACAGUCAUAAAAACAUACUGCAUUAUUGUCAGCCCAAAGUUGGACACCAUGACACAGAUGGACUACAAGUACAGCCUGCUGGGCCCUUCUUUGGACGACUACCGCAAGAGGCCGCUGCUCCUGCAGGUGGACAACACGCCCAUGAACCCUUUUGCAGUCCUGGAGGUGAAUAGGGACGCACAAAAGCGUUCCAACAACCAAGGCUGCUUCUGCAAGAUCCGGGUCUAUGGCAUCCUGUUUGGGCUGGCUGUCAUGUUCGUCAUCAUGGCUUCGUACGUUCUUAAUGGGGACAAAAAGGGCCUCCUCCUCACUCCAUCUCCUUACCACUUCAGCACUAUGGUCAACCCUGGACUGUUUGCCUUCAACCUUUCCUCAGAGAAGGAUUAUGCACACAUUAGACUUGUAGUCAAAUCCAUUAAGUCCAAGGUGGAGUUUGGCAGCAGCAGACACAAUCCAGAACUGAAUGCACUGAUCAAAACUGAUCCACACAUGUUUUCUGUGAUUCCACACAAAUUUCUACCUGGUAUCAAGAACCCCUGCUGGUACGAGGAAUACACUGGAAACAGAACUUCAGACCCGUACAGGACAAAUAUGUACGGACGCUACUCACGGCGUUUCAGGACAGUUUUUCAGCACCUGCGGAGCUCCUUCCACAAACAUUUGUUUUAUCGCAACAAGAAAAUCUACCGCAUGCGUUGCCUUCCAUACUUCUACAUUAUUGGCCAACCCAAGUGUGGCACAACAGACUUGUAUGACAGAUUGAGACGACAUCCAGAUGUCAAGUUCACCACUUUUAAAGAGCCUCAUUGGUGGACACGCAAGAGGUUUGGGAUCAUCCGUCUCAGUGAGGGUGUCCACGAUCCAUAUCCCAUAGAAGAUUACCUGGAUUUGUUCGAUCAGACUGCUUACCAAAUCCAGGGGAACCUCACAGCAAAUGACAGGGGUUACCCCAGCCAUCCUAACAUCAUCAUAGGAGAAGCCAGCGCUUCCACCAUGUGGGACAACAAUGCCUGGGUGUACUUUUAUGACAACACCUCAGAGGGAGAACCUCCCUUUCUCAUCCAGGACUUCAUCCACGCCGUGCAGCCUGAUGCACGCUUCAUCGUCAUGCUCAGGGACCCGGUAGAGAGGCUUUACUCCGACUACCUUUACUUUGGUAUUGCCAACAAGUCUGCAGAGGAUUUCCAGGAGAAGGUCUCGGAAUCGUUGCAGCUAUUCGAGGGGUGCCUUAUGGAGUACACGAUGCGCUCCUGUGUGUACAACACCACUGUCAACAAUGCCAUGCCAGUGAGAUUGCAAGUUGGUUUGUACAUCGUAUACCUUAUGGACUGGCUGAGGGUCUUCAACAGGGAGCAGAUCCUGGUGCUGAGACUGGAAGACCACGCCUCUAACAGGAAAUACACCAUGCACAAAGUCUUUGACUUCCUGGGUCUUGGGCCAUUGACAAAAGAAAUAGAGUCAGAAAUCACUGAAAGUCCAGCUUCCAACACCAGGAGGCCAGCUGACAAAAACCUGGGACCAAUGAUGGCCAUCACAAAAGAGAUCCUGCGAGACUUUUACACGCCGUUCAAUGCAAAACUGGCUAAAGUACUUCAGAAUGACUCAUUUCUCUGGGAAAAUCCCUGAAGACUCCAAACAGCUUUGUUUGAUCUGUGAAGAAGAACAAAAACCUUAAUGCACCUCCUUUUUUUGGUUAUCAUCUUUCUCAAGUGCCCAUGAAAAAAAUCUGUUAUUUUUUUAAUUGUAAAUUAUUUUAAUUUAUAAAAGCGGAGAUUAAUCAAAGAUAGAUAAAAGCACAAGCAAAAAUGUUGAUUUUGUGAGUGAGUGUGUGAAGAAAAGGAGAGUAAAUGAGUAGAACUGAUCUUGAUUGUCUUCUUGUUACCUGGUGUACAGAAUUAAACUGAUUUUUGAGAUAUAAAAA